AUGGCAUUUUUGGGUCAAUUAACAGCUAAUGUGCAAGCACAGCUGAAUAAUGUGAAGCCACAGUUAAAUUCCGUAUUGCAAACGGCAACACGUGCUCGGGAUAAUUUAGCACCAAUUCUAAAUCGUGCUACUGCUCAGCUUGAUAAUCUCGGCAAAAUUCUGCAGGUAACCGGAGACCGUAAACAAUCACCUAUUGAUAUACUGUCGACAAUUACAGCUUUCGACAAUACGCUUGAGAAUUCGGAAAUUAGAAUAAAUUAUCCGAUGAAUGGUGAAACACGAUUAAAGAAUGCAGGUGACAGCUUACAGUUACAACUUGAUCCUUCUAACACAGCUGAAUUAUCGGCGAGUCAUUUGGGUGAGGAACGAUAUGUUCUGGAGGUUGUAUAUUUUCACUGGGGCACGGAGCCUAUGAAUGGAAGUGAACAUACCAUCGGUGGAGUGGGUUAUGCCGGUGAAAUACAAUUCAUUCAUCGAAAUACAAGAUUCCCGAAUCUAGAAAUGGCAUUUAAGGAAGCAAAUGGAGUGUUGGGUGUAGCUGUCUUGCUAAAUGAAUCACAUGACGACAAUCCAACAUUCUCAACAAUAAUUGAUGGGAUAAAGCAAGUGGUUUAUAAGGGUAGUGAAUGUGCGAUUUACGGUGUCAAUUUGCCUCAUAUGCUGCCUUCUUCAGAAAAAAUGAAGGAGUUCUGGACAUACAUCGGUUCGGAGACAGUACAACCAUACAGAGAAACUGUUCAGUGGAUUAUUUUCAGGGCUACUGUUUGGAUAUCUUCCAGUCAGUUGGAUAAACUACGCACACUGAAACGUGAAGGUUACGAAUGUGAAGUUGAGGAAACGAUGUUACCCAUUCGUGCAGUACAACCAAUUAAUGGCCGUAUAAUCCGUUCAUCUUUUCGUUCUUCAGCUUAA